AUGUCUAACGAAGAUAAAUCUCUAUCUCUCGCCCGCGAGCGAAAAGCAUGGAUCGGGUACGAUUUCGCGAACAGCUGUUACGCCACCGUCGCCAUCGCGACGUUCUUGCCGUUGGUGUUAAACGCGUACGCGGAGAGUGAAGCGUGGCGAGGGAAACUGAAACCGAAAAUGUGUUCAACCUUGGACGUAGAAUACAGCGAGAAAUGUUUGGAGUGUCGAGUUGGAGAGGGGAAUUUGCUCUGUUCCGGUCCGGGAUUGAAUCGAGAAAACUGCGAAGACUUGGAAACUGUGCGCGUUUCCGGCGGGUUUCGUCCGUCCUCGUUCGCGUUCGUGAUUAUCAGUUUCAGUUGCGUCUCGCAGUUGCUCGUGUUCGCCUUGUACGGGGCGAGAGGGGAUACCGGGUACCGGAAGAAAGGGUUGAGGAUGACGACAGUUUUAGGAGGCGCGAGUUUGCUCGUGUUUGCGGCGUUCAGCGAACGACACGCGGGGUAUAAGCACGUGUUGGCGGCUAUAUUAGCGGUGUUUAGCAACACCAUGUACGGGCUGUCCGUUAUUUUUUACAACAGCUACUUGCCUAUACUCGCGAAAGAGAGCGAGGCGAUUUUAUCGGAAGGGAAGGAGGAAGAUCACGAUUACGAAAACGAAUUGAGCACGAAAGGGUACGCGGCGGGUUAUUUAAGCGGCGUUCUCGGCUUAUUGUUAUCGCUGGUCGUUUUGUUCCUCUCUGGUGGUUCCGACGAAGACGCGAGCGAUAACAAAGCGUCUUCGGCGUUUCGCUGGUGCAUCGUCUUGGCCGGUGCUUGGUGGUUAGGUUUCGGCGUGUACUUUUGCGAAAAAUUAAGAGACGACGAAGUAAAUGAAGAAGAAAAACAGGAACAGCAAGAGAACUCGGAACUCGCGAGAAUGAAAGACUCUUUGGGGAGAUUCGCGAGAACCAUCGCGGAGGCGAAAUCAAAGUUUCCCGUGACGUUUUCGUUUCUGAUUUUGUAUUUCGCUUACACCGAUGGAUUUUCGACAAUCGCUGGUUUAGGCGUCUUGUACGCUCAGAGAGAUAUGUGCACGGGGACGACGGGUUUGUUCUUGAUCGCGUUGUUGGCACCUUUAUCCGCCGCGGUUGGGAACUUCCUCUUUCUCCUCAUCAAGCGUAAAUUGAACGCCUCGAAUCAAGCGAUGGUGGUUUCCGCGUUAUUUUCAAUCUCGUUGUUACCCAUAUGGGGUUUGCUUGGCUACGUUUCUAAUUCGAUUGGAUUCAGAAACUCGUGGGAGGCGUAUUUUCUCGCCAUUUGGUUUGGAUUAAACCUCGGCGCGAUUCAAUCCUUCUCGAGAACGUUGUUUUGCGAGCUUAUACCGCCGCACCGAGAGAGCGAGUUUUUCAGUUUUUUCGAAUUGACCGACAAAGGAAGCUCAUGGGUUGGCCCGUUAGUCAUCUCCAUUAUGGCCAACAGCAGCGGCAACUUGCGGCGCUCGUUUUGGUACAUUCUCUGCAUGACGAUCAUUCCGGCGUUUUUCGUUUUGCGACUGGAUGUCGAGAAAGGUAAACAGAUGGUGAAAAGAACGAAACAAAUACGCGAAGAAGACGAGGAACCAAUCUGA